AUGGUCCGCUACGCAUUUGACGACACAAAGGUUCCUGAGGCGACGGCCAAGUCGCGCGGUUCUUAUCUCCGUGUUCACUUCAAGAACACGCGUGAGACCGCUGCCGCUGUGACUGGCAUGCCUCUCCAAAAGGCUUAUGAAUACUUUGACAAUGUGCUCGAGCGCAAGCAGGCUAUUCCCUUCCGCCGCUUUAACGGUGGUGUCGGUCGUACUCCUCAGGUAAACUACCUGGGUACGACGCAGGGUCGCUGGCCAGUCAAGUCUGUCAAGUUUCUGCGUGAAUUGCUGAAGAAUGCUGAGUCGAACGCUGAGGCAAAGGAUAUGGAUGCCCAGACAUUGAUUAUCCGUAACAUUGUUGUUCAACAAGCUCCUACGACUUACCGCCGCACCUACCGUGCUCACGGUCGUAUCAACCCUUACCGCAGCAACCCUUGCCACAUUGAGAUCCACCUUGCUUCGCCCGCAGAGCAGGUGCAGAAGACCAAGUCGGUCGUGCCUGUGCGCCUGAACAAGCGCCAGCUUGCCAAGAAGCGUGUGGCUGCCUCUCGCGCCGUUGCUCCUGCGAAGACGCAGUAA